GUAGGAGAAGCAGCAGAGGCAGAGAACUAAUGGGUAGGCUCCUUAUUCUUAUUCUUCCUCGGCUCUCUAACGCUCUACCGCUCGGCUACUCCUCCGCUGUAGCACCGGUACGCUCUCGCUGGCAUGCCCGGGAACCAUGGGAAUACCACUACCCAACUGCGUUUGGGAACCAAUAUGUUGAACAUGCUCCACAUGUCUGACUGAGGGAUUGUAUCCUGGGCGAAUGGUAAAAGAUUAAUAAUAGAGGACUUUCCCCCCUGAAAGCACAGCUCGUUCCUGAUCCUCACCUUUUACGUCCAGCAUCUUCCCGAGUCGGAUGGCUCUGAAUGACAAGAUGCAGUAAUGGAAGUCUGCGUGCCAUUCAGCGCUGUAGCCAUGAAGCAGCUCAAAGGGUAGGGGGUCUGCCGUGAGCUCGCCCUCACCCUUACCCGCCCACCGGCUCCACCCGAGAGCACACUCCCACGUUGAAUCCCCGACCCGCCUCCUCGACACGCCCACCUCCACCUCCACCACGGCUUUGGAAGACGAACAUGACGUGCGUUGCGACGACACUGGUUGAUGUCUGAUAGAUAUACCUCUGAGGCGUCGAGCGUAAAACCGGUGGAGCAAUGAAUGGCGGAAAGGACUGCGAGGCGGGAGAUGAGAGGCAGGCCGUCCCUGUCCAGGUCCCCAUUGGCUGGCAGCGGAAGGCGGAGCACGGCGGCGGGGUCGUGUACAUAAGUCCCAGUGGCUCGGUGCUGUCCAGCUUGGAGCAGGUGAAGACCUACCUGCUGACAGAUGGAACCUGCAAAUGUGGCCUGGAGUGCCCGCUCAUCCUCCACAAGGUGUUCAACUUCGACCCAGGGGCGGCUGUCAAGCAGAGGACAGCGGAGGACGUGAAAGCAGAUGAAGACGUCACCAAACUCUGCAUUCACAAGAGGAAGCUUCUGGCUGUGGCCACAUUGCACAGGAGUAUGGAGACGCACCCACCGCUGACACUGACCAGUCCAGGGGGAGGUACGUCAUCUGUGGUCGCCGUGCAUUCCACGACUCAACGAGCAAUAAGGACUAAACCCCACGAUAGCCUGCCCAAUGCUGUUGGUCCUGACUGCAAGAAUCCUUUCAAGAUGAUGAUGGCAGCUGGACAGCAGCAGCAGCAGAGGCUGUAUCCACCCCAGGAGAUGGGGGGAGCCCAGCAGCCAGAGCUCUACUCUGGGUACGCCAGGCCUCAGCGACUGGGCAGUGGGGAGCCAGGCCCCAAAUCCCCUUACCGGGCCGGAUAUGGAGGCAUGCUGAGCCCACCUCCAUCCAGUGCUAAGCUGUAUGGAGAUGGCUCACAGUCUCCCAGUGCAGACACUCUGGGCAGCCCUGAGGGCUUUUCAAGGACCAAUCCUUGUGGGUUUCCUGGAGCCGGCAGUCCUGGCUCAGCCUCCAUCCACGGGAACACGCGGACGCCUCUUUCCCCACCCAGUAUGAUGCUCCAUGGCUCCCCUGCAGGCCAGCCAUCCUGCGCCAUGACAGGAAGGACUAGCACACCCCUCUCCCCCACGGCCACUGCCAAAAGCCCUGUCAUGAACAUGAACAUGCCACGGGGGAACUUUCCCCCUGGUAUGGAUAUACCCCGUGCAGCAUUUCACCAUAAAACACAGCCCCCUGUGCACCCUGUACCGCCCCCUCCAUCCAUACCGCCAUCCUGUGCCCUCCAGAAAAGGCAGUUAACCUCAGAAAAGGACCCCUUAGGCAUCCUGGACCCCAUCCCCAGCAAGCCAGUCAGCCAGCCCCCCACCAAUGCCCCAAACCCUUCCAACUUCCAGCCUAACAUCCACUCUCAGGUACCAAUGAUGAAUGUAAACAUACCCCCUCCCGCCAUUGUUCCCUUGCCAAGCAACUUACCUUUACCCACAGUGAAGCCUGGGCCUGUGGGCCAUGGCGGCCAUGUUCAAAGGACUCAGCAGGGUGGUCCGGCUUCCUCCAUGUCUCCCUCCCCCGUCACCUCCCCUGUCCAUAUGACUGGGCCUGCGCAUGGGAGGAUGGAGGCCUCCCCUCAUCGCUCACGUUCAUCCUCCACCUCCUCUGACCACGGGAACUUUGCAAUGCCCUCAGGGCACCAGGCCCCGUGCGGUACCAUGAAGGUUCCUCCUCGUUCCCCCAGGUCGGCCAUGGGCUCGCCCAGGCCAGCCAUGCCCUCCAGUCCCUCCACCAACAAAGCUGACCCACUGCACCAGUACAAAGACUCCCAGAUGCUGCCUGGGAUGGGAAACUCAAUUGGUUCCCAGCAGCACAGCAAUCCCAUGUACUCACCCACCUCUUCCUCCUCGUCGUCAUCUUCUCUGGCAACCCCCAGCGCUUCCCAGAAGGGCCACCCAGGACUCCUGGGGAUGCCCCUCAACCAGAUCCUCAACCAACAGAAUGCCGCUUCCUUCCCCGCCAGCAGUCUCCUGUCAGCCGCAGCCAAAGCACAGCUAGCAAAUCAAAACAAACUCAGCGCUGCUGGCAACAGCACUGCUGGCAUGGCUGGUGGUGGUGUUGGCAUGUCAAGCAUGGGGGCAGGUGGUGGAGGUAACGGAGGGGGUGGCGGGCACCCUGGCUCUAUGAGCGGCCCUCGAGGCAUGGAGGGACACAGCACUUUAAACCCCAUGCUCCCGCCAAACUCCACCAUGCUGCUCAACACUCCUGAGGGCCAGAGUGGCCGGGCGGCUCUCAGAGACAAGCUCAUGGCCCAGCAGAGGGAUCCCAUGCGCAAACGGAAACAGCCGUCGGGCAACGCCGCUGUGAACCACGACAACACUAACAACAUGGUCUACAACAUGCUUAACAAACCAGGCAUGGGAGGAUCCCACAUGCCGGGGCCCAGUGCCACUGAGCAGCUGCGAAAAGUGGGCCGACUUGGAAACCUUCACCCAACCACGUCCAUGGCCCAGCUUCUGCAGUCCAUGAGCUGCCAGAGUUCCCACAACAUGGCUGGCAACAGCCAUCGCCCAGGCCUGAGUCCCGGCCCGGGACCUGGUGCUCAAGGAGCUGCGCCGCUGCACUACAACGACAGCACAGGCAUGGUCCCUGGUGGUCCUCAGCAGAACCUCCUAGUUCAGCAGAGGCUGCGGGGUCCGGGAGAUACCAUGCAGCACUGCCAGAACAUGGACACCGCUGGGGGCCACCUGGGCCCUCGUCCAGGCCAGUUCCCUGACAUGAUGGCUCAGAUGCAGGCCUCUUCCAUGAGUAACUGUAGGCCUAUGGGGCCAGGCGGUGGACCGGUGGGACCUGACGGCAUGCUGCUGGGCCGCCCUAACACUAACCCCCCAACACUGUCCCAUCCCGGCCCUCACCCCUCACAGCUUCACAGUAUGGGGCGGACUAACAUGGUGAUGCCACAUGGAGGUGGCGAUGGAAGCUGCACCCAGGCUGUCUCUGAUCCGGGAAACCCGUCAUCACUCGGCUGUGGUAUGGGCGCCCUGCAGCCGCACGUCAACGCCGGCGGAGGUCAGAUGUACCAGCAGCAGGUCCACCAGGGCAUGCAGCAGGGGGUGGCGUCCCACCCGGCCUACCAGGGACAGCAGCACUUCUCUGACAACCCCCCCUACUCAGACAGCAACAACGCCAACGCUGGCUCCAUGGCCUGCCUCUACCAGAACUACCAGCAGGGGAUGUUGCCGCACCCACAGUUUGGGGAGGAUCAGCAGCCCCAGGGCGAGGGGCUUCCAGCGGGGACACCAGGCUCUGACAGGGGUCAAGGCGGAGGUCCAGAGUCAGUGGAUGCCAUUUACAGAGCCGUAGUGGACGCCGCCAGCAAGGGCGUGCACGUCACCAUCACCACCACCGUCAGCGGGACCACGCAGGCCAGUCCGGUGCCUGCCCUCAGCGCCAUGAGUGCCUUCACAGCCUCCAUCGGGGAGCCCGUCAACCUCCCCCAGGCCGUCAGCGCAGUCCUGCACGGGCACCAGGAGGGGGAGGUGCCGCAGGCCAGGCCGAGGCAGGUGAGGCUGGGUCGGGGUCAGAAGAACAUGGAUCCAGGGAAGAGCACUCCGGACGGCUCCGAGGCCGACUACUUCCGUUCUCCAGGUCGCGGGACCCCCAGAGGUCAGUGGGACGGAGAGUCACAGCAUGGCGGAGGUUUCGAUGCUCACAGUAACAACAGCGCCUGGGGGGGCGAGGAGUUUCUAGAGUGCUCUACCCAGGUGAGGAGUAGUCCUUGCAUGGAGAGACCCGCCAGCCUGGCUCCUGCCCCGCCGUGUCCCACUGAGGGCUCCAACGACCACGGCCUGGCCAUGGCCCACGACAAGGCCUUUCUGGACGACGGAUACCGGUUCAACAACUGCAGCCGGACGCCCGCCAACUACAAGGAACGUCUGGAGCAGACGGUGGAACGCUGCGCCCACAUCAAUGGCGCCACACCCCACUUCAACACCCGGGGUUACGGUGAAGUCCUGGGCCCUCCGCGGCAGGACCUGACGGGGGACGACCAGUCGCCCAGCUCCUCCACCAGCCUGGAGGGGCCUUUGGCCACAGCCAAAGACUACAGCCACUACAAUGGCCACUUCAACGGCAUGGCGCCCAGCCCCUCGGACACAAAGAGCCUGAGCAGCGAGGAGGACCUACGGCAGCCGGACUCUCCGUCGUCAGAGCUGCUUCACUACCGCUCCAGGACCUUCAACAUGGGAGAGCUGGUCUGGGGCCAGCUGAAGGGCUUCCAACCCUGGCCUGCCAAGCUGGCCGGGGACGAACAAGUGCACAGCGCUGCUAUGCAGCUGCGGGAGCAGGCCAAGGUCGAGCCAGAGAAGCUAAAAACACUAACUCACGAUUUGGAGGCACUCGACCGAGCCGCCAAAAGAGGCCUGAAACCAGGGAAACUGAAUAAUCACUUGGAAGCUGCUAUCCACGAGGCCAUGAGCGAGCUAGAUAAGAUGUCGGGCACAAUCCCGUCGAGGGAUCGUCAGGUGAAGCUCCCCAAGCCUAAGAGGAGGAAGAUAUCCAGAUAACAUUGAAUGUGUCGGCCCAAGAACGUCCUCAAAGCCUUUCGGAGACUUCGUCCGUUCAGCUUUGAUGCGAUCUGAGCUCUCUAACAGGUGCUACACAUGGACUUUCAGUGGUACAUCGUUGUUCCAUGAUAUCAACUUGACUUAAUGACUGACCACAGAAGGUGCUGGAAAUUCCAAUCACCAAUACAGUUUUAACUGUAGAGAAGAAAAAAAAAAGAAAAAAUACAGAAAAACAUCAAAAACGGUUGCAAUUUGUCUACAGCUCACUGAAUUAACUAUUUUUUUCUAGUAUAAGAUAGUAAAAUAAACAAAAAAAAGCUACAAGCAUUACCUUACAUAUUUAAGAAAAAUAGACAGUCCAAAUAUUUCUGAUACAUUUUCAAUAUGUAUAUAGAUAAUCCUGAAAUUUCAUGCUAUGAAGAAUUGUAUGUAAAUAUUGUACAAUGUCAUGUACAAGCGUACCUAAUGCACAUUUUAUCUUUUAUUGUACAAAAACAAAGCAGAAGAAGUGUACCAAUGUCUUGGUUUCUAUUCAGAAAUGCGGUUGCAUACGGCCGCAUGCAUAGGAUAAAUAAGAAUACAGCCUAAAGCUUUUAUAUGAUGAACUGUAAGACGUGCUGUUUUUCUUUUUUUGGUUGGUUGUUUUUUUUUUUUUUUUAAAUAUUUUCUCCUUUCUUUUGUAAGGGAACAGCAGUGAAACAGGCAUGAGUAUAUGAGUUCUCCAUUACAGCAGUCACUUCACACCAGUUAAGUGUUCAUUUUGUAUUGGGGACAAAAAGAUUUCAAACACAGAAUGAACUUUACCAGCAGAAAGUGUUCAGUGGCCUGACGAAUGUUGGUAAACCUUCAUCUGCUCCACCGGUCGCCUCUUUAACAGGAAAAUCAUGAUUAUUUUGUCCAGUUUGUGCUUAAAAAAACUACAUUAUGUGCGGUUGGCUGGUGAAUUUUCUGGGUUUACCAAUUGUUGUAACUGGCAAACAAAAGAAAGUUGUUACCUGCCGUUAUUGGAAGGAAAAAUCCACCCUCUGGCAACAUUUUCUAGACUUUAAUGAAUGCUUAAAAGUGACGCAUGAAAAGUAACAACGAAAGCAGUGAAAAAAAGGCUUAAAAUUAAGUUUCCAGCUUCUCAAAUGUGAUAAUUUGGGGCAUUUCUUCGUUUUUUUAUCAUCGUAAAUUUACAGUUUGAAGAGGGGGAAAAGAUGAAGCAGAUGCAGCCACAACUCAAAACUAACGCCGUGUUUCCGUUAGCAUUUUAUUUACCGCCUGACAUGAAAGACUAACGACAACUUUCCAGAUUGAGAACAGUUCUUUCCAGUUUUCUUUUGUUGAUGGACAGUUUUUUCAUUUUUUCUUCUUGGAGGCUGUUUUAGCUGUUGGACAACAGCUGCGUUUAUUUGGGCUUCUUCUACUGUUAAUUGAAGCUAAUGUAGCCUACAGCGCCAUCCUCAGGCAACUCUUUUUUGCACGAUAUUUUAAAAGCUUGCUGUAAUUCUGUGUGGUUUAGUUGUAAUACAAGAGCCAGUAUUCUGUCUCAAAAUUAAUAUUCGGAUACCACCAUAACGACCGAAUAUUUGGGUAUUCGGGUGCAACCCUAAAAAAAAAAAAUCAGUUUGAAUCAUUUUUUGAGAGAAAAAAGUCUAAAUUCUGUAAUUACAGCUUCUUAACUGUGAAUAUUUUUGGUUUUCUAAACAGUAAACUGACUAUAUUUGGGUUUCUGGACAUUUAAAGUUGUCAUUUUCUGACCUUUUAUAGCCCGAACAGCUAAUAAAUUAAACAGAUUGAUUUGUUUUUUUGAGGGAAAAAAUCCAAAUUCUCUGAUUGAGGCUUCUUAAAUGAAUAUGUUCUGGUUUCUUUCCUCCUCUGUAACAGUAAACUGACUAUCUUUUGGUUGUGGAUAAAACAAGACAUUUGUUAUGUUGGAUUUUUCCAUCAUUUCACAUUUUUCUGACCUUUUAUAGACCAAACAAGUAAUCAGUCAACUGACAGAAUCAUCAACAAUGAAAAUAUAUGAAUGCAGCAGCUCAGUUUUUAGUUGUUGUUGUUAGUUUCAGUCAGGCUUUAAAUAGGAGGAUGCAUUUCUACACGUGUAAUCUUCAGGCUGCUUCGGUCUUUUGUCAUGUUUACAUGCAAAAAGCUGAUUAAAACCUGCUCACAUGUCCGAGAAAGUGGCAGAAUUCUCGCUACUGACACCUCGUUUCUCUAACCGGCUUGCAGCAGAAAGACAACUAACCCCGUCACACCUCCAUGAAGCGCACGUUAACGCGCCGUACGGUCGUCGCAUUACUGAAAGCAUCGUGGCUGCGUUGCAUUCGGCUCAUUACGGCGUCAAAAUUGGUGUCUGCACCUCAUCUCGGAUCUGUUUCUCCUUUUCAUUACUGCCGAACGUCGGUACAGAUUGAUGUUUCUAAAAUAAGGCUCUCACUUUACUCAGUGUUUGCGCUCACAGAAACUCCGCUGCAGCUGGAAGAACUGUAAUUUAACUUGGCUUUGGGAAGCAACAAAAACCGGGUGGAUUUUUCCUUCAGUCGCAGGCUGCAUCGAUGAUUUCUGUCGUGAUUAUGUUCUCGUGCUUGUUUGUACAGUGAUUUUUUUACUUUAUUUUUAUUUCCUUUUCCACAACUGUAGCGUUUUGUUUUUUUUUUUUGGCCACAACUAUAGCUUUAGGUAGAGUAACCAACCUCUAGAUUAUCAAAAGCAACACUAACUCAAGAGCAAACGAAAGCAUUUCUUACAUUUAGGGGCCUUGUGUUUUUAUUUUUGAUUUAUUUUUUUUUGUUCUGCAUAUUGAUGUAAAUUAUUUAUGUACAGUACUCCAUAUUUAUUUUAAGCUUUACAAAUAUGCUAGAUGGCAAUAAUACUACCAAGAGUUGAGAACUCAAGCCUUAUAUGUGUAUAUGUAUGUUUUUUUGUUCUUUUUUUAACAAGAUCAUGUAUUCAGAGUCCAUUACAAAGGUCAUAUUCCCUUUUAUUUAAGAAGUGAGCAUUACAGAUAACAGUUCUUUUUUUUUUUUUUUUUUUUUCCAGUGAGGCUUACUUGUUUUUGAUACCGAUUGUGUCAUGGAUUUCUUAAGUAAAGAAAUGCUAUUUAUGAAUAUGCACGUCUGAGAAGGCGGAUGGCGACGUCUUGUGUUGGUAAAUAAAUGCAGUUGUUUUUUUGUUUGUUUUUUUUUAACACUACAAACUCUGAAAAGUCUGAAGCGGAAUCAUCACUUGAUCAGUCUGACAGUAUUGGGAAGUCCGGAUCAACACGACGGCUGCUCCUCCAGAUCAAAAAACCAACCAACAGCGACCUGAAAUCACUACAGAAUUAUCGAGUGCAAUAUACAAAUCGAUGGCGAAGAUCAACUGCUUAGAAAACACUGCAUCUCUUACUUUUUUUUCUCUCCUUCGUCUUGGACUUGUAAUUUGCUGCCUAUUUUCUCCUUUGAUGUGCACAAAUAAUCUCUUAUUCUUGUUUUUUUUUUUUUUGUUUGUUUGUUCAGAUGCUCUAACCUCGGAGCAGUUGAAGGUAGUAAUUCAUUCGUUUUGAUUUAAUGAAAAUAUCUCACUCCGGAAGUCCAAAAUCCCCCCUGAAAACGUUUACUAAAAAUGCCAUUUACUUGAACUUUUCAUGAGAAACUCAACUAUUACAAAUGUUUGUUUUAUUUUGACGUGCAAAUAACCUUAAAACCAAAUAAUACACUAGAUAACGACACUAUUUUAAAACAUAUCCACAGCUUUCGGAUGUGCACACAAACUGACAAAUAUCUCAAACAUGGAGCCUCCGAGUCAAAUUCUUUUGUUUUUGUGUUUUCAGAACCUUAAGUUGUACUGUAAAGAAAAAAAUCGAGGACAUUUGGAUACUUUUGACGCAUAUUUCAUCGUUUGUUCUUCCAAAUGUCCCCCUUUUUUCCUUUGUGCCCACUUUUGAGAACCUCAGGAGUGGAUUUUGUAUUAUUUUUUUUACUGUAAACUGACAUGGAAAAGCCUCUUUUUUUUCAAAAUGUGACAUUUAUCGUUGAAGAACACAGGCUCUUUCGGUAAAGUUCAUUCUGCCCCCCCCCCACCCCCCCCCACCCCCCACAGUUUUUUGUGCAAUGACAUGCAGGAACCCGCUCUCAUGUUGGGAACCCAUGUGUUAUGGAUCUGUUUUAUCAGUUUCAUGUUAUUUGUGGUCAAGAGGUGGUCUGUGCAGUCUAUUUUUUCCCCCCCUUUCUGCCUGUGAUUGUGUGCGUGUGAGGUGUGAGUGUGAUUUUUAUUUUUUCCGGUGUUUGUUUUCCCGCUCCUUGAAUCCCCUCUUCUACCCUUUUGUUGUCAGUAUUUUAUUUCUUCAACUUGUAAUUAAGUAUAUAUUUUCUCACUAAUAUAUACUUUACAAAAAAUAGACUUGCGUGAAGUAUGAUGUGCACUUGAUUGCUCUUGUUUUAUUUUUCUUUUUUUUUGCAUUAAUGUGGGCUAGGGAUAGUUUGUCAGAGUCCAUUAUUUUGAGAUUGUUUGGACUUUUCUUUUUUUAAAUGGUUUGAUGUAAGCAGCAUUUUUUUGUAAAUAUUGUGAAACAUUACAGGUCAUGCAGUGAUGUAACAUUUUGAAUAAUGUUGCACAGAUGUUUAAGAUAUUAAAAACAUGGUCACUCUUACUUGAAUAAUCUAGUUUGCAGCGGGUUAUUGUUGUUAAUUAUUGUUCCUUUAUCGUCCCCAAAUUAUUUUAUAUAAUAAAUCUAAAAAUUGGA